AUGGGGGAGAGUGCGUCUAUUGAGCCUCAGCGGCACGAUGACAAUCCUCUUUUAAUCAAUAGUGUACCCAGAAGAAGCAUACCGACAUACGAUACUCUUUCUUACGACGAUUACCUUCAAAAGCACCUGACACCCAAUACUCCUUUCAUCCUCUCAUCUCAAGCAACUCGCGAUUGGGCUUCAGCCAGAACAUUUCGCAUCCCAUCUUGCUCCACGCCAUCUCUUCCUAAUCUGAGCGCUCUUCGAUUAUACGCUCAUCAUGUCAUUCCAGUCGCCAAUACCCUCCGACAACAAUUUUCGGAAUUUGAGCGCUCUGAACAACUUUUGGGAGAAGUACUUGAUCUCUGGGAGAGAGAUGAAGGUAAAGGGCUGUAUGUGAAGGAUUGGCAUCUAAUGGCUGAGAUUGAAAAUGAAGGCAGAAAUGUACAAGAGGUUUACCAAGUUCCAGACUGUCUAAGAGAUGACUGGCUUAAUCCACCUUUUGAUCGACGUCUGAGGCCCAGGAACGGGGAUGACCCUUUGCCGAAUCCUACCUCUACCUCUUCCUCUGAUUUCAGAUUCACCUACCUCGGUCCUGCAGGUACUUAUACUCCUUUACAUCGGGACGUAUACGGAUCAUAUUCGUGGUCUGCCAAUAUAGUAGGAAGGAAAAUAUGGUGGUUGUUUCCACCUGACAAGCUGGGCUCGGUGAAAGAUAAGCACGGUGAACUGGUUUUUGAUGUUAGGGAAUUAAAAGACGAAGGUGGUGGAAUAAAGAUUCUUCAGGAAGAAGGAGAAAUCAUCUUUGUACCUAGUGGAUGGCAUCAUCAAGUCCUCAAUAUCGACUUUUGUAUAUCCAUCAAUCACAACUUUUUCGCUUCACCCACUUUACCUCUGAUAUACGAAACACUUUGUACCUCUCAACUGAGAGUGGAAGAGGCCAUUUCAGAUGUCAAGGAAAUGAUCAUUGAAAGGGUAGGAUCAGAAGGGGAUCUAUGGGAGAAAGAGUGGGUUGAAGAAGUGCAAGGUUUGCUGGAAAGAGAUGCAGGUUGGGGAUGGAAAGGAUUUUGGCAAACGGUGAAAAACAAUGUUCAAAACCCUCCUGCCCUGGAAAUUCUGUCUCCGUCUACGCAAUUAAGAGAUGGUCGGAUAAUAGAUACCAUCAAAAAGUUCAAAGGGAGAAGAGAUUGGUUAUUCCUCGAAGAUGUCGGAGUGAUCAUACAAAAUAUUGAAAAGUCAAUUGGACCAUCUGGAUGA